AUGACAAUUUACUAUCCCUACACCCAUCUCUUCCCUGGCCCUUCACAUACAGUUGCCAUAUCUGGCCCACAUAUCCAAGUCAUAAAUACAACAACGGGAGAUGUGCUUCACUCCACUACGCUUUUCACAGACGAAGCGAGGAACGCGGUGUUGAAAUCGGGGCCCGUAAGGUGUGCGGCUGUCGAUAAGGAAUCGAAAUACUUGAUCACUACGGGGGAGGACAAGAUUUUGAAGCUCUGGGAGGUUGAUGGGUUGAAGCUUUUGAGUGAACGCGAAUUGCCCAAGAAGCCAACAGGUCUUGCUUUCAGCGCAGAUGCGCAGAGUAUUCUGGCGUCUGACAAGUUUGGUGAUAUCUUUCGGUACCCCUUCGUCCAUGUCCCUUCGACCGUCACGCAAAAGAAGGACGCGUUGUCGUCUCACGAAAACCCUUCAGGGGGGCAACUAAUAUUGGGACAUGCAUCUCCGCUCAAUGCGUUCCUCCUCACUCAUGAUGAACGGUACAUCAUCACUGCUGAUCGGGAUGAACAUAUUAGAGUGAGCUGGUACCCGCAAGGGUACAACAUUGAAAUGUACUGUCUAGGGCAUUCCAAAUUCGUAUCUGCAAUCCAUGUCCCUCAAUUUGAUCAAAGCAAACUGAUAUCUGGUGGAGGAGAUCCCGAUUUAAAAAUAUGGGAUUGGAUGACGGGCGAGGUAAAGCACGCAAUCGAUGUUGCAGACGCAAUAGACCCGUUCCUGGUCGUCCGUGCUGUCAAAAGGCGACGUGGUGGGCAUGAUGAUGAUGAAGAGGAUGAAGCCGUAGAGGGCAAUGGGUCAAAGCGGAGGAAAGGGAAAGGAAGGGCGAAAGGGAAGGAUAAACAGGAAGAAGAGAAGGAGAGUGAAGAGGGACCUAUAGCAUCAUCGUCUCAAACCACCACGGACAACGCGGAGAAGGUGCUGGUUAUACGGAAAAUCGGCAGCUUGGAAGCUGACGGAGUGCCUACUGUUAUUUUUAGCGCCGUUGGCGCAACGGCACUUUUCACGCUCCCUUACCGGGAUGGUGUCACGAUGUCUAACAUUCGACAUUUUGACUUUGGGAGACCCAUCACCGAUUUUGCUAUUGCGAACGAUGGGUUGAUUUGGAUCCUACUGGAUUCAGAGUGGACUCCGGAUGGUGUUCCUUCAGGCUCGGGAAGCCCAUUUGUCAAAGUACUCCAGUUCUCGUUGGGGCAGCUCGUAGAAGCUCCAUCAGGGUCGCACAGUGCUCUGUUAUUGACGCUCAAUGAAACGUCAUUGCUGGAAGCGUCCGUGGAUGACAUCAAGAAACUGAGUCUAUACAUAGAUCUGCAAACCAUGCCCAAGUACGCAGACAAGCCAGAGGAGACCGAGGAGACCACAGCUGAGGAUACCUCGGACAAAAAGUUGAGCAACAAGGAGUUGGGGCGGAUGAAGCGAAAACAAAUCGUGCUUGCAAAAGCUGGUGGUGUUGGCGUUGGAGAGGGUGAGGAGGAAGAAGAGCCUCUGAGCAAAAAAAACAAGUCUGAGCUGUAG